AUGUUACAUGUGAGGAAAGAUGAGAAAGACUUUAAAUACUUCAGUCACACUCUUCUGGAACACAAUGACAAAAUCAAGCGCAUAGCGUUUGUGGGAGGAGAUAGAGACAUGGCCCAGCAAAGUUUUCUGUCCCCCCUUACACGGUGUACAUUCUUUCGCUGCAAGAAGCAUGUGGAGGAAGAUAUCAGUCGUAAAAUUGAUGACCUUGGAUUGAAAGACAUCAAGAAUGAGGUUUUGUUGGACAUUUUUGGAUCUGACAAGUGCAAGGAGAAAGGUAUCGUUGACAGUUUAGACGAAGAAGAAUUCAUUGCAAAAGGUGACAGUCUAGUUGAAAAGUGGAAAAGCAUGGAAAAAGUGAUCUUCCCGGAGAGAACUCCCAGGUUUGCAGAUUAUUUUCCAGCUCACAUCGAAGAAGAUAUGAAAGAUGGCAUGCUUCUUUCCACGCGGAGGAAGCCUGGCUUAAAAGACAAAUUGCAGCAAUUUCAAGUACAAAUCUAAAAUCAAAGAAGCAAAAGUGUCAAACAACCCUGGUUACCGUCCUAAAUUUGAAGUGUAUGAGGACAGAAGCCCUGGUUAUGUAUAGAAAGCUAGUGGAAGAAGCAAGUAGGGACAAGCAGAUGGCUGUAUUGCAGAAGGGCUCCUUUGUUUUAUCAGAACAAUACAGACUUCUGCAAGUUCCCUUGAACAAGUGGUUUGAGAUGACACUGAAACAAAAACAGUCCCAUCUUGCAAAGGUGGAUGUGUCUGCUAAGGAAAAUCCCACAGUAGCACUCAGUUUGGAAGAUGAUCAGGCGCCGAGCACUUCAGAAGCCAGAGAACCAGUAUCUUGUGCAGUUGGAGCUUUUGAAGAUUCCAAACUUCCAGAAUGUUUGCACAUUUCGUGGGUUAAUGCAUGCAAAAUAGUUGACCUCUAAGGCAUGGCCAAUCAACCCUUUAAUCCAACCAAAAGAACAGUCAUUUCUCUCAGUGGGUCUACAACCCACACGGUGAAGAUGGGAAAGCAGAAGAAGCAGCUUUAUUGUGAUGAGUUUUGUCCCCGAUUCAAAGAGGUGGCGAUUUGGGCCAUACGAUUGCCGUUGCACACAACGAGGGACGUCUCUCAGAAUUUAUUACGUCCUACAAACUACCAAUGA